UAAGAGAGAAUGCAAAGCCAGUGUCUGCAUUCACUGAUGGUGAAGAUGUAAACUCCCAAUAAAACCAAUUCAAGGCAGUAGCCUUUUCACAAGAUAGCAUCACAUACUCCACAAGAAAACACCUCUGUUUCUCUCCUCCCUUAGUUACUAUUAAUAUAUUUGUUUGACAUACUUCUUUAUCUCAUUGGGCUCCUUAUUUAGCACCCUGAGAGCCCCAGAAACUAUAGCAAAUCAUUUUAUCAUCCCUCUUGUGCUCAUCCAAACUCUUUUUUUUUUUCUUCUUAUCCUCCUCAUCUUUUUGCUCUGCUUUGGUCCUUUGCUUUCCAUCUGGGGGACACAAGAAGAUGUGGUGGAGCAACCCUAUAUCUCAGAGCCCAUCUCAAGGCUCAGUUAUGAUGAUGAUGAUCACCAACUUCUUCCGUCAUAAGGUCGAUUAGAGAAGAGCGCGUGGCAGAGAGAAUUCGGGUCCUCUAGAUCUACUGAUCAUAGAGAUGGCUGGAAGAAGAAUUGAUAGCAGUGGUAGCAUGCCAGUUUUGUUUGAGCAUGGAAGGACGUAUGAAAAUGGAGAUCAUAAGGCACUUCUUGCUGGUGGAUGCAAUGAACGAUACUACACUUCAGGUUCACAGUUGAUGAUGAGAUCCGAUGAGACACAAGGAAGAUAUAUCAAAUUUGACAUAUACGAAACUGAUUCGGACGAGUUCACUCCAAAAUUGGGUAAAAAGAGGCGGCUGGCGAUCGAUCAAGUGCGGUUGCUCGAGAAGAACUUUGAACUGGAAAACAAGCUGGAGCCAGAGAGGAAACUGCAGCUGGCCAAUGACCUCGGCCUGGAACCAAGACAGGUAGCCAUAUGGUUCCAGAAUCGACGUGCUCGAUCGAAGACCAAGCAUCUCGAAAAGGAGUAUGAAUCCCUCAAGUCUAGCUACGACACGCUCAAGGUCGAUCAUGAUAAUCUGGCCAAGGAGAAUGAGAAACUCAAGUCUGAGGUGGUUUUCCUCACCAACAAGCUUCUCUUGAAAGAGGAGGAGAACUUCAACUCUGUCAACACCAUGAAUGCCCUCCAUUCGGGCGACAAGGAUAAGACUUUUGGCUAUGGCUUCCUCAGGCCAGAUCACAAUCCAUGCAGUUAUGAGUUACAGGCGGAGGACCAAGCCUUCUGGUCUUGGCCUUAACUGCUGCAAUUCCCAGAAUUCACCACUGUAUCAAAUUAACCUUGUUAUCCCGAUAAUAAAAACUACGAGUUUUCAAUGUA